UCUAUUUUAAAAAAGGAAUAAGCACUAAAACCCUAUUUUAAUUCUUUUACAUAAGGUAUUCAAAUAGUGCGCAAUUUUUAUUGGGAUAUACACUUGAUUCAAGGAAUGGAUCCAAGAACUGUUUUAGUUAUAUACACGGGUGGAACUAUCGGCAAUGACUGUGUUGAAAAUGGAGGAUUUGCCCCAGGAAACGAUGAAAGAUUCAAAGAAUGUCUAAGACAACGGUGGCAAUAUCUAAAUAUCCCUUUUGUGGCUAACAGGACAGACGAAAAUGGCCCAGUUUUCUUGACCAGCUGGUCCCACACUGAGGAAAGUGUAAUACUUGAAUUAAGGAUUUUGAUUUAUCCUACCUUGCUGAAUUCAAGUGAAAUGGAUUUUGCACAUUGGAUGAGGAUUGCCCAAGACAUCAAAAAAUACUAUACUGAUUUUCAAGGAUUUGUUGUUCUGCUUGGAACAGACACAAUGGCCUAUGUUGCAUCUGCAUUAUCUUUUAUAUUCGAAAACCUCGCAAAACCUGUCGUCCUUACAGGAUCACAGAUACCAAUAUUCAGGCCGGGUAGCGAUGGAUUUAACAACUUUAAAAAGGCUGUUCUGGUUGCUGGGACACUAAAAAUUCCUGAGGUUACAAUUUGCUUCAACGACAAACUUUUUAGGGGAAAUAGAGCAAGAAAGAGAAACACAACUAGCUUCGACGCUUUCGAAUCUCCAAAUUUUCCACCACUUGCCGUAUUUAGUGGAAACAAAAGACUGUGUGGUGCGGUACAGAAGAGGCUUCUAUUAGAGGCAGGUAUCGGAAAAGAAUUAACAUUAUGUACCGAAAACAAUGCCGCUACUGCUGAUGUUGAUGUUGAUGUGCUGCAUAUCUUUCCAGGCAUAACUAAAAAUGUGAUGGAACACAUACCAAGCGCACUAAUUCUACGUUCGUUUGGAGUUGGAAAUGUCCCAUUGAUAGUUUGUCAGACAUUGGAUUCAGAAUUAUGGAGGGGUAACACCCUGGUCGUGAAUGUCUCUCAGUGUGAGGAGGGAGGCGUCAUUCCUGAAUGUGAUGUCAGAACGGAACUUGAAAAUAUUGGAGUUGUGCCAGGAGGGGACAUAACAUUCGAGGCAGCGUUCACUUAACUUUACAUUGCAUGCAUAAUAAAACGAUCAACAGCUGAA